GACACACAGAAACAAAGCACUCACUCUAAUCUAAGCUAAUAGCCUAAUAGGUAUCAGCUAGCUAGCUAGCCUCUCCGUUGAGAUAAAACCCAUUCUCUCUUGCUCUUUUGCUUUUUCGUCUGUCCCGGAAUAGUGGAGAAAGUUUAUUUGUUCCCUGGGAUCAGGAAGAUGAAGUUUGCUAUUGCUUGCGCAUUGUGUGUCAUUUUGCUUUCGUUUCAUCUUACUUCAUGUAUCGGAGACGAGGGUAAAACACUUAUGUAUAUUAAAGAAUCUUUUAGCAAUGUGGCUAAUGUGCUGCUAGACUGGGAUGAUGUCCACAACCAAGAUUUUUGCUCAUGGAGGGGUGUAUCUUGUGGCAAUUUUAGUAUGUCGGUUGUUUCUCUGAACCUGUCAAAUCUGAACUUGGGAGGUGAAAUUUCACCAGCCAUAGGCGAUUUAAGGAAUCUGCAAUCUAUAGACCUUCAAGGAAACCAAUUAACUGGUCAAAUUCCAGAUGAGAUAGGAAACUGCAUUUCGUUGAUUCUGCUUGAUCUGUCUGAUAAUUUGCUCUAUGGUGAUAUACCCUUCUCAAUCUCAAAGCUAAAGCAGCUCGAGUUGUUAAACUUGAAGAACAACCAACUUAUAGGACCCAUCCCAUCAACGUUAACACAGAUUCCCAACCUGAAAACUCUUGAUCUUGCUCGAAACAAACUCAGUGGUGAGAUUCCAAGAUUGAUCUAUUGGAAUGAAGUCUUGCAAUAUCUCGGUCUGCGAGGCAAUUACUUAACUGGAACGCUGUCCCCUGAUAUGUGCCAGUUGACUGGCCUGUGGUAUUUUGAUGUACGGGGCAACAACCUGACUGGGACAAUUCCAGAUAACAUUGGCAAUUGUACAAGCUUUGAAAUCUUGGACAUUUCAUACAACCAAAUUACUGGAGAGAUUCCUUACAAUAUUGGAUUUCUGCAAGUUGCAACUCUGUCUUUACAAGGCAAUAGGCUCUCAGGUGUAAUUCCUGAGGUUAUAGGUCUAAUGCAAGCACUUGCCGUUCUGGACUUAAGUGAGAAUGAACUAGAAGGGCCAAUUCCACAUAUUCUUGGCAAUCUGUCCUACACUGGGAAGCUGUACCUCCAUGGAAACAAGCUUACUGGCUCAAUCCCACCAGAAUUGGGAAAUAUGUCAAAACUUAGUUACUUGCAAUUAAAUGACAAUGAACUAGUGGGUAGAAUCCCUUCUGAACUAGGGAAAUUGGAGCAAUUAUUUGAACUGAAUCUUGCAAACAACAAUCUGGAAGGGCCUAUUCCUGAAAACAUAAGCUCUUGUAGGGCUCUGAACCAGUUGAAUGUGCAUGGAAACAACUUGAACGGGUCCAUACCUUCUGGUUUCAGGGAUCUAGAAAGCCUGACUUAUUUGAACCUUUCUUCCAACAAAUUCAAGGGCACCAUACCUUUUGAGCUUGGGCGUAUAAUAAAUCUUGAUACACUGGAUCUCUCUGGCAACGAAUUUUCUGGAUCCAUACCUGCUUCUGUUGGUGAUUUGGAGCAUCUUCUUACAUUGAAUCUAAGUCACAAUCAUCUUGCUGGGCGUAUACCAACUGAAUUCGGGAAUUUGAGAAGUAUUCAGAUUAUCGAUAUGUCUUGCAACAAACUCUCUGGUGCUAUCCCCAAAGACUUGGGGCAACUUCAAAACCUUGGCUCACUCUCUCUUACAAAUAACAAUCUCAGUGGACAAAUUCCCGAACAGCUAACUAAUUGUUUGAGCCUUGUCAGUCUGAAUGUUUCUUACAAUAAUCUCAGUGGUGUUAUUCCCAUUAGCAGGAACUUUUACCGGUUUUCUCCUGACAGCUUCGUCGGGAACCCAUUACUCUGUGGCAACUGGUGUGGUUCCAUAUGUGAUCCAUGUGCAUCAAAGUCUAAAGCUGUUUUUUCUAGAACCGCAGUUGUAUGCAUAACACUAGGAUUCAUUGCUCUUUUAUCCAUGGUGAUAGUUGCAGUUUACAAAUCCAACCAAGCACCACAUUUCAUGAAGGGACCUACAAGUACUAUAGGUAUAACAUUGCUUAAUAAUUCUCUUUUUCUGCUUCAACACUAUAGAGUUUCAUUUACAAUUUUUUUUUUCUCUUCUCACUUGGCUCAAUCAGGUUCUCCAAAACUUGUAGUUCUUCACAUGGAUAUGGCUAUUCAUACUUAUGAGGACAUAAUGAGAUUCACUGAGAAUUUGAGUGAGAAAUACGUAAUUGGAUGUGGUGCUUCAAGCACUGUAUACAAAUGUCAUCUGAAAAAUUCCCGACCAGUUGCCAUUAAGCGAAUUUACACACAGCAUCCCUAUAGCUUGCGUGAGUUUGAGACCGAACUGAAUACAAUUGGCAGCAUAAGGCACAGAAAUGUUGUUAGUUUGCAUGGUUACUCGCUGUCUCCCCAUGGGAACCUCCUCUUCUAUGACUAUAUGGAGAACGGUUCACUAUGGGAUCUUCUUCAUGGUCCCUCUAAGAAGGUUAAACUUGACUGGGAGACGCGUCUAAAAAUUGCUGUUGGAGCUGCUCAGGGGCUUGCGUAUCUACACCAUGAUUGCAACCCAAGAAUUAUCCACCGGGAUGUAAAAUCUUCAAACAUUCUCCUGGAUGAAAAUUUCGAGGCUCAUCUCUCGGACUUUGGGAUUGCAAAAUGCAUAUCUUCAGCAAAGACUCAUACUUCAACCUAUGUUCUUGGCACCAUAGGCUAUAUUGAUCCAGAGUAUGCCAGGACUUCCAGACUAACUGAAAAAUCAGACGUCUAUAGUUUUGGGAUUGUUCUCUUAGAGCUCUUGACAGGAAAGAAGCCAGUGGACAAUGACUUGAACUUGCAUCAGCUGAUACUGUCUAAGGCAGAUAACAACACCGUGAUGGAGGCUGUGGACUCCGAGGUAUCAGUUACAUGCACGGAUUUGAGCCAUGUCAGUAAAACCUUUCAACUUGCACUGCUCUGCACGAAACGGCUACCAUCAGAGAGGCCAACAAUGCAUGAAAUUGUUAGGGUCCUCACCUCGCUGCUUCCACCGCCUCCACUGAAGCCUUGUUUGCCGCCACCAAAAUCCAUAAACUAUGCACAGUUUUUGGUAGAGAAGGGACAGACUGAAAACCAGCAGGAUGGCAAUUCCUCUGAUGCACAAUGGCUGGUGAGAUUCCGGGAAGCCAUAUCCAAAAACACACUUUAAAUCCGAAGGUGUAAGGUUCGUUAACCCAAGUUUUGUUGCAGUUGGCUGUUUUGAUAUACGGUUUAGGACUGAUCAAAGAAAUAUCUGAAUGCCUAGAAAGUCUCUGAUCAUAUAUUUUGUAGUAAUAGAUGUUAUCAGCUGGAAAUUGUACUGUCAUGCAUCUUCUUUUCCUCUUUCCCUGUAUAGUACCAAGUAAUGCUACUCUGUACUCUGUCUAUGGCUUAAUCUAACUAUUUUGGUUUCAUA